UGUAAACAUUUGUUUAGGGUCUUCUGACUUGGCUCUGUGCUAGGGGAGAAUAUAAAAACAUACAAAAAUAAUAUUUUUAAAGAGUUUACAUUAUAUUGGAGGGAUACAACUUUUUAAACUAUGUAUGGUAAUUUAAGAAGGGGGAGAGCUGUGUAUCUUUUUUUGUGUGUGAAUGAUGGAACUGAAAGUAUGAAGAGAAGAGUGCUAGUAACAGCCUCAUUGGGUGUCAAACAUAGGGAACAAAAAAACUCAAAAGGUGGAUUAGAAAAACGGGCAAACCAGAAUAAUGUCAUGUCAUUGGGUAUCAAGAGAACAAAAAAUAUCUAGAAGUGUUUAGAGUAGCAAGUAUUCCAGAGAGUGGGAGGAGAAUGAGGAUGGAUAAAAAGGACAGUUGAUUUUAUAUCUGGGGUAUUUGUUUUCAAGAGGGAAGUUUUAGGGAAUUGGAAAGUGGGAACCCAACUCAAGAGUUUAAGUAUAUCAUGAGUAAUUAGAGGUGAUGAAUUCAGACCCUUCAUGAAGUAAGGGGAAAGUAAUGGUAUGAUUGGGUAGUCAGAAAUGCUGAAUAUGAGAAAUUUAAAGAAAUACAGAUUUAGCUCAUGCAUUUAUUAAACACCUGCUGUGUCAGCAUUAAGUACUGGGAAGAAAAACACCAAAGUGAGACAGCCUCUUUCUUCAAAGAGCUUACCCUCUAACUUUUUUUUUUUUUUUUUGGUUUGGCAAGGAAAUCUGGGUCAAGUGACUUGCCCGGGUCACACAGAUAGUGUCAAGUAUCUUAAGGCCAAAUUUGAACUCUGGUCCUCCUGAUUCCAGGAUCAGGGCUGUCUCUAACAUUCUUGUAUCAGCAAGUGCAGAGUGAAAUAAACAAUUAAUGACUACAUUAAUAUAAACUAAAAUAAUGCUAGAAGGGUCCUGAACUCUAAAUAAUCAGAAUGAGCCAUCUCAGAAGAAAAGGUGAUAAAAUCUGCAUUCCCCUCUCUUGACUGAUUGGAGUGAAUGAAUGGCACAGAAUAUUUAAUAUACUGACAGCCAUAGUCAUGGUGUUGCUUGUGUUUGCUUUAACAGUUUUUCUUUGUUACAAGGGGAGAAUUGUCUGCUAUUGGGUCAUAGUCAUAAAUGACUAAAACACAAAAACAAAUGGUAUAAAUGUGAAUUUUAUUUUAACAUUUUAAAAAUUGGAGAUGGAGGGAGGAGGAGAUGAUGCUAGUAGUUGUUGAUAGCAGUACCAAGGGAAUUUAUUUUAAGGGUAAGGGAAAGCCAAGCCUCUUAGUGGUUGGAAGUGAAGGAAACUGAAGCUGUGAGGGAGAGAUAUAGGAGUUAUUUGAUAGAGUAAGAUCCAUGAAGAUUUGGGACUGCUUGAGUUUAAUAGAGGUAGAAGGGUUUAACCUUUGAGGGUGGGAGGGAUUUUUUAUACUCUCUGAUAUAGGAGAGAAAGAGGAAGAAGAGAUCAGUGAAGACAGAAAUUUUUGAGAUAAAGAAGAAAGAAAUUGAGGGAGCAGCUGUUGAUUCAUUCCUAAGGAGAGGCUUGGACAUUGAGCAUUGUCAGAGUCGAGAAAAAUGUUAACAUUUCCACCUGCGGUGUUAGUGAUGCUUUAUGGAAGAAGUAGGAAUUGUUCCAACUUGAAGGGUGAUGCAGGCAGUAGAACCCCAAAGGACCAGAAGCUUCGAGAAGCUAUGGCUGCCCUGAGGAAGUCAGCCCAAGAUGUCCAAAAGUUCAUGGAUGCUGUCAACAAGAAGACUAGUUCUCAGGACCUGAACAAAGGGGCCUUGGGUCAAGUCCCUGUUGAGUUGAGUAAGGACGGUGACCUGGUUGUCAGCAUGAGAAUCCUGGGCAAGAAAAGGACCAAGACAUGGCACAAGGGGACCCUCAUUGCCAUCCAGACAGUUGGGGCUGGGAGGAAAUUCAAAGUCAAAUUUGACAACAAAGGGAAGAGCCUGUUGUCUGGGAACCAUAUUGCUUAUGACUACCACCCUCCAGCAGACAAGUUGUAUGUAGGCAGCCGUGUGGUAGCCAAGUAUAAGGAUGGGAAUCAAGUCUGGCUCUAUGCUGGCAUCGUGGCUGAGACUCCAAAUGUCAAAAACAAACUCAGGUUCCUCAUCUUCUUUGAUGAUGGCUAUGCAUCCUAUGUCACACAGUCUGAGCUCUAUCCCAUCUGCAGACCAUUGAAGAAGACUUGGGAGGACAUUGAGGACAUUUCCUGCCGAGACUUCAUUGAAGAAUAUAUCACUGCCUACCCCAACCGUCCUAUGGUACUCCUUAAGAGUGGGCAGCUCAUAAAGACUGAAUGGGAAGGCACUUGGUGGAAGUCGCGUGUGGAAGAGGUGGAUGGCAGUCUUGUCAAGAUCCUGUUCCUGGACAGAAUCCGGCCUCUCUCCCUUCUCCCCCGACAUCAGGAUGACAAGCGCUGUGAAUGGAUCUAUCGAGGCUCUACCCGACUAGAGCCCAUGUUCAGCAUGAAGACAUCCACAGCUUCCACCCUGGAGAAGAAACAAGGGGGGCAGCUUCGAACACGCCCAAACAUGGGUGCUGUGAGGAGCAAAGGCCCCGUGGUACAGUAUACUCAAGAUCUCACUGGUACUGGAACCCAGUUCAAGCCCCUAGAACCACCUCGCACUCCCUCCUUGCCUGCCCCCACUCUGUCCCCUCAGGUGGCUGAUUUGGAGAGUCUGGAGAGUCAGCUCGCCCAAGCACGGAAGCAAGUGGCCAAAAAGAGCACAUCUUUCCGGCUAGGUUCUGUGGGCUCUGGCCAUUCAUCCCCUACAUCCCCUGGGCUUAAUGAGGCGGUCCCCGGUGGGAAGUCUGCAGUUGGCCAGACAGUGAGAUUAACACCAGGCUCUGCGACCCCUGGCCCAACUUUCCCAGCUUUUCAUGGCAUGCUGGAGCGGGCUCCAGCUGAACCCUCCUAUCGGGCCCCCAUGGAGAAGCUUUUCUACUUGCCGCACGCCUGUAGUCACACCUGCCUCACCCGAGUGAGGCCGGUGAGCAACGCACAGUACCGGGGCAAGAACCCCCUGUUGGUCCCUCUGCUCUAUGACUUUCGGCGCAUGACGGCCCGGCGCCGGGUCAACCGCAAGAUGGGCUUUCACGUUAUAUAUAAAACACCCUGCGGCCUUUGCCUAAGGACGAUGAAUGAGAUUGAACGCUACCUCUUUGAGACAAGCUGUGAUUUCCUUUUCCUGGAGAUGUUCUGUUUGGACCCUUAUGUUCUUGUGGAUCGGAAAUUCCAGCCCUAUAAGCCUUUUUACUACAUCCUGGACAUCACCCACGGCCAGGAGGACGUUCCUCUUUCAUGUGUCAACGAGAUUGAUACCACCCCCCCACCACAGGUGGCCUACAGCAAGGAGAGGAUCCCGGGGAAGGGCGUCUUCAUCAACACGGGCUGGGAGUUCCUCGUUGGCUGUGACUGCAAGGAUGGUUGUCGGGACAAGUCUAAAUGUGCUUGCCACCAACUUACCAUCCAGGCAACAGCCUGUACCCCCGGAGGCCAGAUCAAUCCUAACUCUGGCUACCAGCAUAAGAGACUAGAUGAGUGCCUGCCGACAGGGGUAUAUGAAUGUAACAAGCGCUGCAAAUGUAACAUCAACAUGUGCACAAACCGCUUGGUACAACAUGGGCUACAGGUCCGACUGCAGCUCUUCAAGACCCAGAACAAGGGCUGGGGCAUCCGCUGUUUGGAUGACAUCGCCAGAGGCUCCUUUGUCUGCAUAUAUGCAGGCAAAAUCCUGACUGAUGAUUUUGCAGACAAGGAGGGUCUGGAAAUGGGGGAUGAGUACUUUGCAAACCUGGACCACAUUGAAAGUGUGGAGAACUUUAAGGAAGGCUAUGAAAGUGAUGCCCCCUGCUCUUCUGACAGCAGCGGGGUGGACUUGAAGGACCAAGAGGAUGGCAACAGUGGUACCGAGGACCCUGAAGAGUCCAAUGACGACAGUUCAGAUGACAACUUCUGCAAAGAUGAGGAUUUUAGUACCAGUUCGGUCUGGCGCAGCUACGCCACCCGGCGGCAAACAAGAGGCCAGAAAGAGAACGGGACGUCAGAGACGGCUUCCAAGGACUCCCGCCCCACUGACUCCGGGACCCCCCAUCUUUCUGCCCCUCAGACUUCCAUGGGGGGUUGCAAACCUCCUUCCUCUGAGGACACACCCAAGAACAAAGUGGCCACAUGGCUAAGCUGCAACAAUGUCAGUGACAGUAGCUUUGCUGACUCAGAUAGCCGCUCCUCCUUCAGGACCAGUGAAGGUGGAGAUGGGAGGGCUGGGGUAGGCCGUGGGGAUGGAGAGAAGCCCUCCAGUUCAGGGUUAGGGGUCAAAGAAGAGGGGGAUAUCAAGCCAUCCAAGAAAGAGGAAUCUGAUGAACAGAGCAAGACUGUGUUGCCUAGUGAAAGUUCCAGGACUUUUGGAUACAACCCAUCCCCCUUGAAGACUGAGGGUAUCAAGGGCCCACCUAGCAAGACCAAUACGCAUCAGGCGCGGAGGCUUGUGGGGCCUGCACAAGCCAAUCCUGAUGAUGUUCUGACAUUAUCCAGCAGCACAGAAAGUGAGGGGGAGAGUGGGACAAGCCGAAAACCUGUAGCUGGUCAGGCUCCAGCCACAGCAGCUGACAGUGAUGACAUCCAGACCAUCUCCUCUGGCUCUGAUGGAGAGGAUUAUGAAGACAAGAAGAACCUGUCUGGCCCAAUCAAACGGCAGGUGGCUGUGAAAUCUACACGAGGUUUCGCUUUAAAAUCAACACAUGGUAUUGCUAUAAAGUCAACCAACAUGGCGUCUGCAGACAAGGGUGAGAGCGUACCUGUUCGCAAGAAUACACGCCAAUUCUAUGAUGGCGAGGAGUCUUGCUACAUCAUUGACGCCAAGCUAGAAGGCAACCUGGGCCGCUAUCUCAAUCACAGCUGCAGUCCCAACCUGUUUGUCCAGAAUGUCUUCGUUGACACCCAUGAUCUUCGUUUCCCCUGGGUGGCUUUCUUUGCCAGCAAGAGGAUACGAGCUGGGACAGAGCUGACCUGGGACUAUAACUAUGAGGUGGGCAGCGUGGAGGGAAAGGAGCUUUUGUGCUGUUGUGGAGCCAUAGAAUGUCGAGGACGACUUCUUUAAACUUCCCUGCUGCAUUCAGGAUCUUCCGAGGCAUCUCAAACCACCUCCCUAUCCAUUGGACUUGAUCCCUCCCCUGCUUCCUCCAGUAGAUAAAAAUGGGAACCCUGCAGUUUGAGGGUUCCUUCCAGUGUGGUGCUAUCAGGCAGGGCCCAUCCCCCAGCCCACAAUCUACUCUCCCAGCAUGUUGGUUUGAGGAGAUCACAGCUUGUGGACAGGGCCCUUCCAUUCCUGCCCCAUCUUCUCUUUCCCCUCUACUGCAUUCAUGUAAGUAUGGCAGUUCUCAUUUGUCCCCAAGAUGGGGAUUGUUUUUCCCAACCUCCCCUCCCCCUCACUCCCACUUUGUAUUCUUCCUUGAAAAUCUUUUAACAAGGAGGUAAAUCUG